CAACGCAACACUGAGCAUGUUGUUUUGAAUAACUUGACAAAUUGACCAACCCAGCUGUUUGUUUUCUUUUCCUGAAAAAGUUUUUUUUACCAUCUAAAAUCCUUGAAAAAUGAAAAUUAUUUAGAUAGUUUUCUCUCCAUUUGGCCGUUUUAUGUAAAAGCCGAAAUUUAUUUCCAUCUCUUGCGUUCGCUGUAUGUGCUAAGUGAAAAGGUGGCCGAAAGUUGUGUGAAAUGUAAGCCCACGAAAAACGUGAAAUUUUACAGACAACUCUAUUGGAAAGAAGAAAAACAAGCACACACGUUGCCACAGUGGCAAUAAUAACGAACGAAAACACAGACUCUGCUUCUGUAGAGUGAAAAAGUGAAAAGGGUUGUAUGUUUAACAAAAAAGUUGCGCGAGGCUCUAAAGUAAUAACUCGAAUAAACUUGUCGGAUUGGUAGGCGAAAAUACCUCAUGCAAGAUGCACCUCAAUCAUGCAACAGCAGUAAGCACGGCCGCCAUGAUCAAUUAUCAGCAUUAUGCACCGGCACAAAUUUCUACUUCCCAUGGGGUCACCACCUCGACAAAUCAACAUCAGACAAUUUCUGCAGCCGGACUGCAGCAGACCCCCUUUACACUACACCAGCUAACAGCAGUGCAAGCCAUACAGCAUCCUACUCAUCAGGCUAUGUUGCAUCCGCAACACCCGCUUGUUCAUUUAUUGGACAUUUCAACAACGGCCGCCAACACAUCGAAUAUCAACCAUCCGGCGCCAAUAACACCAAUGACCGUAACAAAGGUUGAGAUGCCGGAGGAAAUGCCCGAGCCACCGGUUGAUGAUCCACGCAAAAAGAAACAGUGCCACAUUUGUAAAAAUAAAUUUCGUCAAUUGACCACGCUUAGGAAUCACAUGAAAAUACACACCGAUGAAAGACCCUAUAAGUGUAAACACUGUGAAAAAGCCUUCCGUCAAAUUUCCACUUUAACAAAUCAUGUAAAAAUUCAUACUGGCGAGAAACCCUUUAAAUGUAAUAUCUGUUCUAAGGAUUUUCGUCAACAAUCGACUCUGAUCAAUCACAUCAAAACACACAAGGUUUUUGCCUCGCUAGCCGAACAACAAAAUAAUGGAACGGCGGGCGCACUGCUUAACUUUCAGCUGCCCCAGACAACGCAGGGUACUUCACGCAAAGGACAGUCAAAAGCUGCUGCCCAUGCAGCAACGGCUCAAUUGAUACACCAACAACAACAACAGCUACAACAGCAGCAGCAACAACAAGGGCAAAGUACAAUAAUAUAUACCCCACAACAAAGACAAAAUAUAACCAAGAGUCUUUAUACAGGCAGUUACAAUUCACCACAGGCCGAUGAGCUGGUCAAGCCGUAUCAGUGUCAUAUUUGUAAACGAAGGUUCCCACAACUAAGUACCCUGCAGAAUCAUGAACGCACCCAUAUUGAUCCUAAACCCUAUAAAUGUGAUGGCUGCGACAAGGCUUUCAGUCAGCAGGCAACGCUGGCCAAUCACAAGAAGAUCCAUUCGGGCGAUAAACCAUACGCAUGCCAAUAUUGCUGUAUGACGUUCCGGCAACAGAGUACGCUCAACAAUCACAUGAAGACGCAUGCCAAUCAGGUGGCCACUAUAACAUCGCAUAACACUCUGGCAGGAACAACAGGCACAGGAGGAGGAGGCGGAGCAGCUGUAAAUCACCCACAUGGUAAUAGUAACAUCCCUUUAGCAGCUGCUACCAUCAUGGUUACACCAACAGCUACAGGACAUUUACAAAUACAGCCCCAAGUAGAACACCAUCCCUUGUUACAUUUUCUCGAUAGUAACACCACCGUCAGCACCCUAAGUAAUAAGGAACAGUUCGCCUCGUCCAAUAAUAACAAUCCCGGCGGUCCAACUCCGACCGGAGUCGUUGCCCAUUGUAUACGUAACAGUUGCCCAGAUCGUCCAUUUAUGUGUAGUGUCUGUCGUCGGGCCUUUUCACAGCAGAGCACGCUGGCCAAUCACUUGAAGACCCAUACCGGCGAGAAGCCAUACAAAUGCAAAAUGUGCGAAAGUCACUUCCGACAAGUCUCCACAUUAAAUAACCACAUGAAAAUUCAUACUGGCGAAAAGCCAUAUGCUUGUUCCUAUUGUCCUAAGCAAUUUAGACAGAAAAGUACACUAACUAACCAUGUGCGCAUACAUACCGGUUGAAAUAAGGCCACGGUUGGCGCCGUUGCUGCUGCUGCCAUUUCCAUAGAUGAUCAUAAUAAUACACCAAUAUCAUCUUUCCCCCAUAAUCCAACACUAGCAUUAUUAUCACAUUCAUAUCCUUCAUUACCGCCACCGCAAUCAUUACCACCACCUCCACCACAGGUUCCCCCCCUACAACACUACACAUUGCUAAAUUCGUCGUCCCAACACUCCCAUUCAUUAGCUCUGUCAUUUUUUCGCCAAUCCCAAUAGAAAUUCAUUGCUAGCCACCAAUACACAAGAGAGGGUGUCCAAAAAAUUACAGAUUUGAAAACGCUAAUAAUUGUUUUGAAAAUUUAAAAUUUUCGUAUUUUGAAAUUAUUUAAGAUGAAGAUUUUGAAAUCCAAUUUCAUAAUUGUUUUUUAAUUUAUAAUUUUGCUGUUUAAAUAUCAACAACCAUUAAUGAUUUCAUAUUCAAAAUUUGUUGAUAUAAAUUCAAAGAAGUUCUUUUCAGGAAUUUUGGAAUUUAAAAUUAGUUAUUUUUUAAUUGAAAUAUGAUUUCAAAAUAUUUUAAAGAUUAUCAAUUUUUUGUUUCCAAUUUCUCAAGUCAUUUUUUAUCUCAAUUUAUAAUUCGCAGUUUUAUCUUCUUGAAAAGUGGAAUAAAAAUGUUUGAAAAAAAAAAAACCAACUUAUUAAAUUUUUUGGACACCCGAUCCUACACAUGUACACACCCAUAACUCCUUAUCCUUCCGUUGCAUUGAUACUCCCUCAACUAUCACAACAAUACACGCUUACAUAAGCCUAUAAUAAGAAGAGCUAAACCAACUUUGCUAGACAACAUACAUAGAAGUUACUGUUUCCUUGAUUAGAGAAUUUCUUAGAAAUUCAUUGCAACAACAACAAAAACAAAUCUAUACAACUAACUUUAAGCUUAGAGUUCUUGGUGUUCGUUAAACUUAAAAAAAAAAUCACCUUUACACACACCAACACCCACACUUCUACACAAUCACACAUACACACACACAAAAACACUCUAUAUCUUUUGCCAAUGGAAAACCUAAAGAGUAUAAAAAAACAAAAGGUCCUCUAUUUCACAAAACUGCUGUGCAGCCGUCGUCAUAUAUUCUCUAUAACUUUUAAGGGUACUUUCAAGAAUACUGUUGUUCGUUGGUGACAAGUCGCCACACAAACAAGCAAAACAAAAUCAUACUAUUAUUAAUACUAUUUAGAAAUAACAAACAAAAACUAUUGAAAACAAAAGAAAAUACAGGGUGUUAAACAUUACAUUUUUUGUUUGUAUUCCCACCCAACCAAACACCUCUCCAUGUCGCUUCCGUUGCAAUCCCAUCCUCUCUUCCUUUUAUUGUUUGAGAAUAAAACAUAACCCAAACUAAUUGUAAGUUAUUUUAAACGCAAUUCCUUUUACAAGAUAAAAGAUUCCUAUUCUUCUUUUUUUUCCAUUUUCUAUCAUCCUUCGCCCGCCUAUCCAUCACUCGAUCCUAACCUCUAUCUCCUAUUUGUUUUCUUUUUAUUAGAGAAAAAGCAUUGCUUUGUCUAUUUUGUUUUACUAUUUUUUAUUAUUAUUAUAAACGCCUAAUUUUUAUGUAAUAAUAAUGAUUUAAAGAAAGAAAAAAACUAAACAUUUGUUAGUACAUACAUACUAAAUAUUAUUAUUGUAUACAUAGUAUAGUUCAGCCGUAAUGAGAUGAUGAAGUCGGAACAAAAGAAUAAGUAAAGAAUCCAUUGGAAUUUUUUUCCAUCAGACUCGAUAUCAUUUGAUUGAUUAAUUGUUUAAUUAAAUGAAAUAAUUGAACAUAAUGAAAAACAAAAAUAAACUAAAAGAAAAACGAAGAAAAUUUUUUGAAAAUAUGGCAAGAAAAUAUAUAUUGCGAGUAUUUUUUCAUGUGCAACUUUUUUUGUAAUUUGUAAUUUUUUUAUACGUUGAAUAUUUGAACAAGAACAACAACAAACAGACAUAAACAGAGAACAACAAUAAUAAUUGAUACUGUGUACUUAAAAACAAAAAAAGUAAUAAUAAUAAUAAUAAAGAAAAACUAUAUAAGAAAAAUACAAAAUAAACGUUUAAAACUGUA